CCUCAAGUGGUACAGGCGAGCACAGGUCACCUAAUAUUGUCACACAUUAUUGUUCAGUGCAUCAGUUCCGAUCUUUAGUGCUGACAGAUUGGAGAACACCAGGUCCCUCUCUACGUCUAUGGCGUGUCACUGCCAGAGUGAGGGCUGCGGGAUGCGGUGGUUCCAGAGGGGGUCGCAUGCGUCCGCCAGUGCCGAGGCAGACGCCUCCCCCCGCCUGCUGAGUCUGUCCCCCCUGCGACAGGAUGGGGAUGCGGCCACUCCACACCUGGCCACUCCACAUUCACACAGCUCACGGCUAGAUAUGUCGUCAAAUGUGUGGGAAAGACGUAACAGCAAUGAAAGUGAGGAGUUGAACCUGUACAAUGUGAGGCAGCAGUUGGUGGUGGUGGAGAGGACACCCGAAACUCAGCAGCAGAGUCUGAGGCACGACUGGCAAGCGGACCUCACCCCACAGACCAAAGGACAACCGCAGCCGCGACAUCUACUGGGCAAAGAGAAGCGCAACCCUCUACUAGAGAAAGUGAAAAACACCAAACUGUCCUGCUUCAAAUCAACCGACCAGCUGAUUGUUGAUGAUUGCAAUACCGGAGUAGUCACGACCAACGACAAGGAGCAGUUGAUAGCUGCAAGGGGCAAUGGUCUCAGGCGACUGGCCGCCUCAAUAGAUGAUCUAGUAGAUGAUGAAGGGGAUGAUGAGUUCUUGAAAGCAGCCAGUGUCAGAGGAUCGUUUUCAUGCAGCAAGAUAGAUAGGGUAUCGUUGAUCUCUCAGCACAAAGGUCACCAAAGACAGUUCAGUGUGUCAUCUUCCAAUGAGAAUGUAGUCUACCUGAACAAUAACAGCAGGACAGAAGUACUCGAAGACUCAGGUGCAGAUGUGGGUGGUCGAUGCUCAAAGACAGGCAACAGUGAGUCCAACUCCUGUCUCUCAGCCAAGCUGAGAGCUAUGUCUGAAAAGUAUCUGAAGUCUUCAACCAGUAGAAUCCUUGCCAAACUCUACAGAAAUGGGUCCAAGAGUGAUGUGAAUGGACCAGAGAAGUCGUGUUCCGGUAAGGCGAAAUUGAGGAGCUUUUCUUAUGGCACACUACCGGGCAUGGAGGAGUUCCAGAGGCGCCACAACCCACUCUACCAGGAGGAAGAUGACUUGAGGUUCGGAGAGGACGACCGCCAUCGUCCACCGGACGAGGAUUCGGACAGUGGCAUCCUGGUCAACGGCUCCAUAGACUCGUCGUUCUGCGGUGUUGCCGCUCCCAUCACGACGUCGCAUGUUCGCAGCGCUUCACAGAUCGGCCAGCAACCACCUGCACCACCACCCCCUCCACCCAUCCCUCCUCAUCGAGAGUUCUUGUCAACGAUCAGCAGUCUUUCUGGACGUCAGUUCAAAGUUGUCAAACUGUUGCGCAGUGAAGCUUCUGAGGAGCUCGGAAUUUUCAUUGCCAAAACAAGAAUGACAAGGGAAAGUGGAGUGGGCUACACCAUUGCCCACAUUGUACCUGGAGGAUUAGCUGACAGGGAAGGUUCUCUGAAGGUGGACGACGAAAUCAUCAAUGUGAACGGCAGACGACUGAGGGGCCUGACAAUGUCGGCAGCAAGGGAAGUCCUACUUAACGGUCCUCAAGAGGUGGACAUUGUUAUUGCAAGAGAUACUCAAGGAUCUACAAGCAACAAAACAAAUGAAGAAGUGGAAGAGCCUGUUAAGGAGGCCUUGAAGACUGAGAAGAAGACUGAGAAAAUGGUGGAGAGCUCUGUCGACUAUGAAAAUAUUCUAGUGUUGCCCAGGAUGAAAUCAGAUGACCAAAGGACAGUUUUUCUCAAUGAACUGAUAGCAGACGGCAGUCCAAAGUCACUUUCGGCGAUUGACUCGAGGAGGGAACGACUGACUGAGGAGAGAAGAAGUUGUAAACCAUCUAAGCGAAGGCAUUACCAGAAGAACAGCAACAGCAUCAACAAUAAGCUGUUGAGGAGAGCUAUAGUCAGCUACACAAACAGUCAGAAAGCAGUGAGUGCUGAUGAGAGGGAGAGGUGUACUGACGAAAGCAUCUCACUCCCGCACCAACUGUCCACUUUCGAAAAUCCGGCCACUGAUUUCUGCACUCUGCCCAGAAGGCCUCGUUCGGCCCUCUCCUCACUGCACACCCUUGUCUACGAAAAAGGUCCGGGAAAGAAGAGCCUUGGCUUCACCAUAGUCGGUGGAAAGGACUCUCCGCGGGGAGCCAUCGGAAUUUUCAUCAAAAGUGUGCUGGAAAAUGGACAGGCGGCUGAAGAUGGAAGACUGAGAGAAGGUGAUGAACUGCUUGCGGUUAACGGGCAAGUGUGUCAUGACCUGAGCCAUGCCGAGGCUGUCACCCUGUUCAAGAGCAUAAAGGCCGGACCAGUCAUCUUGCAUGUUUGUCGGAGGGUACGCGCCUCUACAACAUCUUCGAAAGCCAAGUCUUGUACAGAUUUAAUCGCGAAUUCGAGGAGUAAUGAAGAAUGAUAGUUCUGGAGAAAUCAACUUAUUCGAUCGUAGAUUAGCAGGAAAACUGUAUUCGAAUACAGUUUGCUCAAUCGUACUUGAUAACCAAUAUUCAUGUGGAAGAACUAGUCUUAAAAAAUAGUUAUUAGUCCAUUUUCUUACUCUGUUAGAUUAGGAACCAUACUCGUUCAGAAAGCAGAAUAUGUAAGUGGUUUUAUUCUCCAAACCACUGCACUCUACAUUCAGGCUUUCGGUAAAAAG